AUGUCAGAAAUUCAACCAAGUUCAUAUGUCGGUUUCGACACUAUCACUAAUCAAAUCGAACAUAGAUUAUUGAAGAAAGGUUUCCAAUUUAAUAUCAUGGUUGUUGGUAACUCCGGUCUAGGUAAAUCUACUUUGAUUAAUACCUUAUUUGCUUCCCAUUUAAUUGAUUCCAAAACGGGAGAGGAUAUUUCAAAUCUACCAAUUAGACAAACUACCGAGAUUAAGAUCUCUCAACAUACUUUAAUUGAGGACAGAGUUAAAUUGAACAUUAAUAUUAUUGAUACUCCAGGGUUUGGUGAUCAAAUUAAUAACAAUAAAGCUUGGGAACCAAUCGUUAAAUAUAUUAAGGAACAACAUUCAAAUUAUUUACGUAAGGAAUUAACUGCUCAAAGAGAAAAGUUUAUUAAGGAUACAAGAGUUCAUGCAAUUCUUUAUUUUAUUGAACCAACUGCUACGAAACAUUUGACUCCAUUAGAUGUAGCAACUUUAAGGAGGGUCUCCGAGAUUGCCAAUGUUAUACCUGUGAUUGGUAAAUCUGAUACUUUAACUAUGGCCGAAAGAGAAUCAUAUAGAGAAAUUUUACAAAAUGAUUUUAAGAAUCAUGAUUUAAAUAUCUAUCCUUAUGAUUUAGAAGAAUUGACUGAAGAUGAACUUGAAUUGAAUAAUAGUAUUAGAUCUAUUAUUCCAUUUGCUGUCGUUGGUUCUGAAAAAGAUAUAGAGAUUGAUGGUGAAACUGUUAGAGGUAGAAAGACUCGUUGGGGUGCCAUUAAUGUUGAAGACAUAAAUCAAUGUGAAUUUGUUUAUUUAAGAGAAUUUUUAAUAAGAACACAUUUGCAAGAUUUAAUAGAAACAACGUCGUUUAUUCAUUAUGAAAAAUUCAGAUCUAGACAAUUAAUUGCUUUGAAAGAAAACGCAAGUAAUCGUCAAUCAUCUGCACAAAUGCAACAACAGCAACACGCUCAACAACAAGCGGCUUAA